UCCUAAAAAAAAUCGAAAAUGAUAUUCAUUAUUAAUACGAGAAAAUGAAAAAUAGCAUAUUGUACGGGCUCCCAGAUGACAACGAUUCUAAAAUUGAGAAUAUCGUUGGCAAUGAUUUUCAACGGUCUACUCAAUAUUAUUUCGAAAAUUUUAAUUCUAAACCGCUUUUCUUAGCGCUGCCCUUAUUCGGCUAUAUAUCCCCAGUGCUAAUUUUGAUCAUAUUAGUCACCAAUACCCUGAUCGUGCUUAUAUUAUUGCGUAAAAACAUGAUUUCCCCGACAAACAUGUUGUUAGCUGCGAUGGCCUUAGCCGAUAUGCUAACAGCGCUAAGCCCACUUCCCUGGUUUCUUUAUUAUUACGCUGCCGGUAACUUUAAACAUCCCGUCGGGUUGACUUGGUGCAAGAUCUACGAUUUUUCUAAUUUAUACCUACCUACCAUUUUUCACACCAUUUCUGUUUGGCUCGUGCUCGCUUUGGCAGUCCACAGGUACAUUUGCGUAUGUCGUAACAUGAUAGGUUUACAAGAGUUGAAAAAAGAUGGAAUAAAGUUGGCACCUGGUAAAGAAAACUUUAAUGAUUCAAGUAAUGAAAAACUUCCAAUCGAUACAAAAUCGAUCAAAAAUAGCAAUGCGGUCCAUAUAGGUGGGACUCUGUCGAAUCUUAACGGAGAAGAUCAUGCUCAUAUCAAAAAUAGGGAAGAUUUAAAAUCGAUUAAUGUUAUAUCCCAGAAAAGUGGUUCAAUACAUAAUCGAUACACAGAUCUUGCGUAUUCGAGAAAGAGUAGUGAGCUACCUGGCAUCACAAUAAUGGUUAGCGAAACUAAUACCUCUUUAACACAAGAUAACGUUAAUAUGACUAAAUAUUUUUCUCGUAUCCACGAUCAAUACAUAAGAAUAAAGGAGACUCUGCUCAGUAUAAUGAUAGUCAAAAAAGACUUGUAUUACACUUCAAACAGGGAUAGAAUAAAAUGCUUCUUCAAUUACGAUAGACCUCAUUAUUAUUCCUCAGUAACUAGAUAUUACUGGCGUUCGUUAAGUAAAAUAUGUUACAUUAUAGUCGGUAUAACCCUCUUAGCCGUUUUUUACAAUAUACCUCGAUUUUUGGAACGCGAAUACCUGGCCGUGAAUGUGAAUUGGAAAUUAAUAAAACGUUUAUCCACGUUUCUGAAAUUUUAUAACGGAUCUCUGCAAACCCUCUUCAACGAGAGCCACUUUACUAACGUAUCUUACAAAUAUUUCAGACUACAAAAAGUUAACUACACUCACGACGAUUUGGUAAUUGAACCAAUCGGUCACGAUAAUGGUAAAUUCCCUGAAAAUAUUACGUUGUUACCUCUCAUCAUGACAAAUAAUAAGUUUUACAAUGAUUUUAAUAUAGUAAUUCCCAGCCAUAAUAUUUUGAAGGUUCAUACAAGUGGUUACAUGAUAGGUUACAUCGAUGAGGUUGGAAUAAACCCAUUAAUUAAUUCUCUUCAUGCGAAUUCUAUAAUAACCUUAAAUAAAUCUAUGCACGUUUACAAAUCUAUAAAAAAUAAAUACGAUACGCACUGUGCUUAUAGAUACUCUAAUUGGCUGGUUGGCUGGAAAGUUUUAUAUUUCAAUUUUUAUUUCUGGUUUAGAGUCUUAUUCGUUCACCUGGUACCGUGCACUGUCAUGGUAGUUUUAAACGCCGUUUUAAUCUUGACACUCAAAAGGACUCGGUAUACUUUAACGAAUAGCCAGAAGAAACAACAUUACAUGCUUCUCAAAAGCUUGAAAAAGAAAAAAUCCCGAUUCAAAAUAUUUGAUCUCACUCGUAAGGUUAAAUUUAAAAAUGAGGUCAAAACAAAUUACAAGGAAUUUGACGAAAAUGACCAGGUAUUAAAUAACAUGCAAACUAAAACGACUUAUCUGAAUACAGCCUUGAUGCCUUCAGAGGUUAGAUCUAAUAUGAAAGGUAAUAGAAAUAUACAAAUAAUUUCGAAGAAACCCCUUGAUUACAGUAGUAAAAUGACUGCUGGGGAUUCGACGUUUGAAAACGAAGAUGAUCAGGUUUCCGCCAUCAUCAAACAUGAUGAAAAUUCCAAAUAUAAUCCUAAAAAGGAUGAAGACAUAAUUGACUCAUCUGAUUAUAUCGCUAAUCUAGGCUCAGCAUUACCUGAGAAAAACUUAAAUCUUAUAGCUAUUUUAAGGGAUAAGGGCUCCAUUGCUGAAAGCAAAUUUGAUCCCUCCACAAAAACAGCCAUCACUAGUGUAAACUCUUUCUUUGACACCGCGCGUGAAAAAUCUGUUGACGCUUAUGGUUCUAUAAAUUAUAUCAACAAUAUGAAGGCAUGGCGCAAGAUGAAACAAACCAAGCAAACCACUUCCAUGCUUAUUGUCGUUGUGUCAUUAGCCUUGGUGGUCGAAAUUCCGGUCGGAAUAUUGUUUAUUUUCCAUAUCUUAUCCCAGACAUUCAAUCUGAAAUUUAUCGAUUAUAACGCUAUUCAAGUGAUAAGUUGCAUAACUGAUUUCUCUAUAUUGGCUAGUUAUCCUUUUAAUUUUGUCGUGUAUUGUUUAAUGAGUCAUAAUUUCCGGGAAAAUUUCAAACUACUUUUUAAUAAGUUCAAAAACCGCGUCGGCGUAUAUAUCUCGUCAAUUUUUUCAACUCAACUUAAGAAUGAACGAAAUGUGACUGACUGGCUUAUUGAUUCCUGUUUUUUGAUAACAAUGAUUUCGCUUAAAUUUAUCGUGAAAAACGUCAAUUUCCUCAUAAUUUUCACUAUAACUCCUAUAUAUAUUUCAUUGAAUAUCUCAAAAAAUAUCAAAUUAAAAAAUUCCGAAUUUUAUCUUUUUAAUGACAUCAAAAUAUUGCCAGACAUAGUGAAUCAUAACAUUAAUCUAUCUAAACAUGAAACGGACAACGAACUUAGUGAAAUAUGCCACUAUAUUGUAAAUUAUAAAUAUUAUAAUAUAUCAAGGGACCGUCACUUGAGACACGAAAGAUUUAAGAGGAGAAAUUUUAUAAAAUCGUACCAUAACGCGUUAUUUAACUCAUCAUUCAGCAAAACUAAGUAUCCUACAUUCCUUUUAUCACCAUCCUUGAAUAAUAUCAUAAUACGAUGCCUAGCCUCGUCCGUUAAAAAUUUAUCAUCUGGACUGUUCUUACGAUCCUCUACAAAUAUAUACACCAAGACUACUAGAAUAAAACGCAAUGAUAUUCAGCGAACAUAUAAUAAUAAUAAUGAUGAUAAUGAUAUAAAAGAUUCAAAAGGUUCCAAAUAUAAGCCAAUCAAUUUUUUGAGAACAAAGCCUUUAAAAUACGCCGUGCCCUUUUUAGGUUAUGCUGGCACAGCUCUCAUAUUUAUAACGCUCAUCACUAACUCUUUUAUCGUAAUCGUUCUCUUACACAAGCACAUGCGAACGCCCACCAAUACACUUUUAGCUUGCAUGGCCAUUUCUGAUAUGUUGACUGGUUUGUUUCCUCUACCUUGGAUGAUUCAUUUUUAUAUUUUAAGGGGGUAUAAGGAGCCUGUCAACUUAGCAUGGUGCAAAUACUUUUCCAUGGGAGUAAUGCAUAUACCUACCAUAUUUCACACCGCUUCCAUAUGGUUGAUUACAACUUUAGCCGUUCAGAGAUACUUGUAUGUGUGCUAUUCAGCCAUAGCUCGUUCUUGGUGUACCAUACCUAAAGUGUUAAUGACUGUUGCUAUCAUAUAUACCAUAUCGGUGCUUUACAAUUUGCCCCGAUUUUUUGAGCAGGUCUUUACCGAAAUAGAUGUUGAUUGGAAUUAUCAGUUAAGAGAGUGGGGAUAUUCGAAUUUUAUUAAUGAUAAUUUGUCUCACAUUAAUCAAUAUAUUGAUUUACCAUCAAUUAUCAAUAUUAAUAGCAAUCCGUUUAAUUAUACUAUAAAAUUACUUAUGGAAGCUCAAGAUAUCAGAAACAUUCUAUCCAAUUCAAAAUGGGAAGAAACUAUUUUAAAUAAUAGUAACUCUGCGCACGGGAAUAAUAUAUGGCUAUCUAAUAACUAUAAAAAUAAUAACUUCCCCAAAAUAUUGGUUUCACAUUGUGCAUUUCACACAUCAGGAUGGUUGAUACCAUUAGAAAAUAUAUUUUAUAAUCUUUAUUAUUGGUUUAGAGUAGUCUUUGUUCAUGUUGUUCCUUGUACAUCCCUUGUAGUUUUAAAUGGAUUACUAAUACACGCGAUGCGUAAAGCCAUUGAGAGGCGGCAACGUUUGUUAGUGAAAGAUAUAAACAAUCAAAAUAAAAAAAAUACAGGAACGCAAGGCGACGAAAGAAAAGUUAGAGAGACGAAUUCUACCACACAUAUGUUGGUUUUGGUGGUAACCGUAUUUUUGAUAGUAGAAAUACCGUUAGGUAUUAUUUUUGUGUUACAUAUCAUCGAAAACACGUUUGAAAUUCCGGUCAUGAAUUAUGACGUGGCAACGGUUCUUUCGAUAAUGAUAGAUUUCUCUAUUCUAGCCAGUUAUCCCUUAAAUUUUUUCAUAUAUUGUCGCAUGAGCAAGCAAUUCCGUGAUACGUUUAACCACUUUUUAACAAUCACCAUAAGACAGCUGAUUUAUUCGUGCGUUGGUUAUUGUUGCGAUCUAACCGAUAACAGCCUCAAAAAAUUAUCUCAUGAUAAUAAUAUAAACGGAAAGAAGAAAAAAUAUUUCCCUACCUAUAGUAAUUCCCUCGUCAAAACAGAAGAUUUAUCUCGUCAAGUUCCUUCUGUCAACAUUAGUGCUCAAAAGAUUUAUUUAACUGUCUCAAAAAAAAAUAACUAUUUAGCUUCCUCUUCGUAUAUAAAUAAAACACAUCCCAAUAUUUACGACAAUACUGAAGACAACAUUUCACAUCCUACAUUGAAUAUAACCUACAAAUUACCUAUAAAUUUAAAUAAUUUGAAUAAUAAACUUAAUAAUAAUAACGAUGUAACACCACCAUUGCUAUUUGAUUAUAGUGAAAACUCGUUUAAUGAUUUUCCGAAAGACCAAAUUAUUAAAUAUUUUUAAAUUUGAAAAAAAAAAUUGCUAUCAAGACGAUCGUAAUAUUAAAAAUUUAGAUCGUGUUAAAAUUAAAUGGGGAGGGGGACAAUAAAAGCCAAACCUGAAUAAUUUACUCGUAGGCAUAGCUGACUAAUUAGCAAUAGCAUAAUAAACCAUUAUAUCCCAAUUCAGGCCUAUAAAACUUAUUCCUUCUUAUAGUAUGUUAUCUAAAAUUAUUAUAUAAAAUAAAAUUUGAUUUCGAUUUUGAAAUAUUUUUAAAACCACGACAAUUGGGAAAAAAAAUGUAAUGAGCAACAAUCCAAUUAUUAUAAUAUUUUGAUGUAACUAUGUGAUUGAAUUUUUAUUAUAUAAAAUAUCCUUUUACUACUGUUGUCAUAUUAAUAAGAAUCUUUUUAAAUAUUAAAAUAGUGCACAACAAACUACAAAACUGUUUUAUUUUAUGUAAAAAUAAUAUAUAUUUAUCGCGUAUAUCUUUUCUUAUUUUUUAAAAGAAAAUUAUAUUAUAUUAUUUUAUAUAAAUCAUAUAAAAAUAUUAAUUUAU